GUUUGUGCUCUACAGCGAAUUCACGUUGUUUCCUUUGUUUCUAUCGGUGCACGCAGAUGCUUCUCCGUGAAUUCGAAUAAGAUUUAAAUUGAUUAUCUUCUCGAGGAAUCGCUUCUACUCAACAUCCUUUUGCGAAUUACACUUGUUGAAAAAGCUGCAAAGUUUUGUCGAGCUGUUUUGUUUAUACGUGAUAAGUGGACGUCACUUGACACUUUGUUUUUUAACAAAUGUCAAGCCUCUGCAGCGGUGUGAUCGUGGGAGAAAACAUCACGGUAUCGUCUAACGUACCUGUGAUUACUGUGUCUCGUGAAUUCACCGUUGGUACGUUGAAUGAAAAUUUCGAAGCGAGAAAGAUCGUGAUGGACGAAUGUGAAAAUGCGCAACCCGCGUGCGACACGCGUUCCAACCUCCCGGAGGAGACGGUAUUUCACGCCGUAUAUAUACCGCAAGACAACAAGGAUUCGGUGAAUGUAGAAGAAAACAUUCAUAUCUAUCAAGACAUGUCAGAUGCCCUAAAAGUCAUAAAGAAACACAAAAGAGCUCGUUUGAAAACUUUUAAAAAUCAUUCCGAUGCUGAGGCAUAUACGAGAACUGGAUAUACACAAUCUUGCAACAAUCAUCCUACAUCAACAACUACUCUAAUGCAGGAAACAUGUAGUAAUUUUAAGGCACCAAAACUACAGGAACUUACAAGUUUUAAAAAGUUAAUUGAAAGUGGAAAUAUAGACAGUGUUAGGAGUAUUAUAUGGACAAAUCCACGAUAUCUAAUUAGUAGUGGAGACACACCACAAAUUUUACAGGUGGGCUCUCGAUAUAAUGCAUUGCAUAUAGCAGUGAAUGCUAACAAACCAGAUAUGUGUGAGCUUAUUUUAAAGACCGUUGGAAAUCCCACAUUUAUACAGUUGCAUUAUGGAGACGAUGAAUGUAAAAGUUAUCUAGAUCCUACGCAAAUCAUGUUGGAUUUAUACUUGAAUACUCCCGACAAAGGACUCAAUGAGACACCCUUGCAUUUUGCUGUCAAGUAUGGUCAUAAGGAUAUUGUCCGGAUUUUCGUCUCAUACUCUCAAUGCAUUAAAACUUUGCGGAACAAAUAUGAUCAGCAGCCUAUAGAUAUAAUAUGCAGCAGAAAGUGCCAAGAAGAUGAAGAUUUGAAACGAGAGAUACGCUUAUUGCUGGAGGAUCAGUUCUAUGUACCUGUAUUAAGAGCAGAAGACAACACGUAUCAACCUACUAUUGGAGAACCGUUUUCUCCGUCUAGUACAUUUAUUAAUAGUUUGAAUAGAGAUCCGAUUAGUCCACGUCUGGAAGUACGGGCAUUUGCUGGUCCAAUGACCAAGUCACAGGCGCUGGAAUUUCGAAGAAAAUGGAAAACUCCACCACGUACUAUCUCUACGUCCGCGAAAAAGGGAGAGGGUGACGCGCCGAAUAUUAUGAAUAGUCCAGUCGCUACAGUCUCUCUGAGGCUGCAAGACACCGAAAAAGGAUUGGAACGUGUCGGAAGAUGUCUUGCGGUAGAAUAUCAAGUGCCUUGGAAGGAAUAUUGGCCCUUUUUGAAGGAUUUCGUCGACUUUCAGAAUGAUGAGGGAUUGACAAAGCUUGAAAAGUAUUUAGAACAGAGAUUCAAAGAUUAUAAGGUUCAGUUACUUUACUCAAGAAUGGUAGAUUUGGUUAAUAACACAAAUGUGUCUACACAAGAUUGUCAAGGAGUAACUGAAAAAAUAGAUGAAAAAAUAGAAGGAGUGAUAGAAAAAAUAGGAGGGACUGAAAAAGUAGAUGCGUUGGAUGUUAGUGAAAUACAAGAUUUAUGUGAGAAACUACAGUCAUGUUCAUUAAACAACAAAUUUGAUGAAGACGACGAAGAUACAGAUGACUUCGAAUAUAUGACACCAUCAUCCACACCAGAAUAUGUUCAUGAUGAUUCGGAUGACAGUAUGCAGAAUGCCGAAGAGGAAGGCCCUAUGAUAUUUAUCGAAGGAUCUUCACCAACGAAAUCAGAUCACGCUGUUUAUAACGCGCUGCCAUCCGAGAUUAGCUCCAACACGUAUCCUUACAUUUACCGUUGGCGACAUGAAAUGCAACUGGCUAUAAAACGUGAUCCAUACAGGUUUAAUAUGAAACUGCUCAGGAGAAAAUUGUUCACUAAUAAUACUUAAAUAUACAGUAAACGUUAGAAGUAUCAAGAAGUGGUAUUAAUGAGCAUUGGGUGUCUUCUGGAUUAUUCGACCAAAUUUGUAUAAUGGGAAAAAGUAUUUCUAGCGAAUCCGUUUGUACAGUACUGCGCAAAUUGAUGUGUAAAAUAAAGGCUGUUGCAUACACAGUUGUCUCAACUGCAAAAACAUGAUGUAAGCGCUUUGUCCAAUAUAUAUUAUGCCAAAUAAUAUGCGAUACAUCCUGUAAUUAACAUAUGCUAACUUAUGUCGAGUAAAGCGACAACUUGUGUAACCUACCUACCUCUGAUUCAAUCGUGCUCCCGUCUUUACGUCAAUUUGUGUAUGUACAACUGCCUUUAUUUUACGUGCAUUAGUUGAUUGAAUCCAAUCGAAUUUACUAUUAACUGAUUCUCAAGUUGGUAACCGAUGAACAGUUGAUGCAAUUGACCCUACGUCGCAAACUGUGUCAGUGUUGUGUAUGAAUUUUCUAAAGAUAGCACGUGCGGUUAUUCACUAACAGUGUGAGAAGACAUUGAAUAUAGAUUUUAAGUAAGAGACAAAAUAUAUAUUUUUUUUGAGACAUAUUUACAAAA